AUGGAACGUUUUCUCGUACCAGUAUGUGUUUCGUUGACUUCUACCUCGACCAGUGCCACCUUCGCUGUAUCAGCUGACGGCACUUCCACGCAAGUUCGUGAAUCAACUAAGCCUCGACCCAUGAAAAGAGCUCUGCAAUCCCGUGAGGAACGAGAUAACAAUAGACGCAUUAAAAAGCAACGCAUGGAACGUCGGAGGCGCGCUUGCAUUUCCGACAAAAUGAACGCUCUUCACGACCUCGCAGUGUCACUUGUUGGCCAAGACCCGGAAAAAUUCCAACGAGUGGAAAAGGCGGACAUCUUGGCCAACUGCCUUGGUGUUUUGCAGGGUCUCUACGAAGUAGUUCAGCAACAACCGGAGUUGAAGGUCGAGUUGCAGAAGAUUGGCUCGAAACUUGCCAGCCAUUCACCGGAAGGACAGGGAACUAGUAGUGAACCGCGAAAACCUCCGGUACAGUCCCACUCAGCAGAAAAAGAAAACCGCCCACCAGUCUGCGUUCCUCCAACCAGCUCCGUUCCCCAACUUCCUUCUCCUCCUCCGGCCCUGCGACCAUACAAACCACACUUUAGACCUUCGGCCCAUUCUGCCUUCUCUCCGGUGCAUUUGGAUGUUACGACACCGACAGCCUCAGUCACCGUCUCCAGCUUCUACGACAGUGGGUACCAAACCGGUCUUUCGAGUAUCACUCCAGUUGUGGGUUCUUCCAGUCCUCUGUGUUCCUCCUCGAUGGCACUUUCUCCUGGCAUGAGCAUUCCACCUCUACGGCAAGUAUGGCCUACCCAGACCUCUGUACUCCCAUUUUCCCCAAUACCAAAAUCAUUUGGGGAGGCUGAAUUGACGUCGACGCCUGUCAGACCGGUUACGGGCGACCGGUUGACUUCUUCGGCGCCGCCUACCCAACAGAAGCCUGAAGACACUAGCAGCGACCGACCAAGCAAGAUCGUCUGGCGACCCUAUUUGAACUGA